UAUGACAGAGAAAAGCAAAACCUGACUGUUACUAUCAGAUAUGUCACGGUUCAGGACUCUGGUGAAUACUGGUGUGGAACUACAUCAAACUGGACAACUGAUCGUGGAUUCAAGAUUUAUAGUACACAGAUCUACCUGAGAGUUAUAGAGAGUCCAGUUUCAGCCUCAUCACCACAUUCAUCAUCACACAUCAGUCCACAGUUCACCAAACCAACCACAUCCUCAGGAGCUUCCUCUCCUGAUACAGGAUUUCCAUAUUCCACUGUGAUCAGUGUUGCGUGUGUGAGUCUGGUGCUGCUUCUGAUGGGAACCUCAUUCCUCAUAGUGACUCUCAGAAAGAGAAGCAGAAAGGAGCAGGCAUCGUCCAAAGGCCAGUCCGUCCAAGACUCCUCACACAGCCAUGGGGUGAGUCAUGACUGUAUCACACAUCUAUGGGAUGAGUCAUAA